AUGGGUGGUUUUCAUGGAGUCGUCGGAACCCAAGAUUCGGGCAAGGUCCACCACAUCACAGAAAGUCUUGUCGCUUUUGAGUACAUCACAUCCAGGGCCAAUGAGAAACCUCAUAGCUUGGUCUUCAUAGGCGGUCUGGGAGAUGGGUUAUGUACUGUGCCGUACCUCAAGGAUCUCGCUGCCGGUCUUGAGUCUACAGAAUGGGCACUGUUCUCAUUUAUCCCGAGCUCGGCAUAUGAUAUGUGGGGAACUGGUCGACUGGGCCAGGAUGUAGAAGACAUCGCACAAUGCGUCGAGUACAUCACCAAGUACAAGAAACAGUCCCUGCCGACAAGUCAGACCCAGCAAUCGCCCAAGCUUGUAAUCAUGGGGCACUCUACGGGUAGUCAAGAUGUCUUGCACUAUCUAUACUCACCCAAUCCACUACCAAUAGAUGCCGUCUUCGACAAGGGACUCCGUCACAUCAAUCGACCUGUGGUAGAUGGUGCAAUCAUGCAAGCCCCCGUCUCCGAUCGUGAAGGAAUCUUGGCUGGACUUACUGAUAAAGAUGGAAACUUCCAUGAUGCAGAAGUUGAAGGCGCAUAUCGUCAGCUCGUCGAAAUGGCCAAAACAUGCACCUAUUCUUCAGGGAAUGCGUACGAUGUCAUUUUACCCCCAUCAAUGACUUCCAAGAUCGGAUAUCCGCCCGCUCCAAUCACAGCAAGGCGCUUCCUCAGCCUGAUUUCUCCGGACGCGCCUGAGAAUCCUGGAGAGGAUGAUCUCUUCAGCUCGGACUUGUCUGAUAAACGGCUACAGGAGACGUUUGGGAUGAUUGCGACUCGAGAUUUACUCAGAAGUAAGCUUUUGGUUCUAUACUCAGGUAGCGACGAACAUGUUCCAAAGGAUAUAGACAAGGUUAAGCUUCUGGAGCGCUGGAGGGCAGCUUCGGAUAAGUCUUAUCAGAAGGUAUGGGAUGAUGAACACAGCGGUAUUGUACCUGGAGCAUCACACAACUUGGGAGGCGACGAGGAAGAUGACGCCAGGCAGGACUUGAUCAAUCGAGUCAAGUUAUACCUGGAAGAUGUAAGAGCGUCUAGAUAA